AUGUCUGAAAUUCAAAGAUGGACGGUCAAUGAGCCCUAUCUCGACAUAGCGGGAACGCUGCUCGAGGGCCCAUUCCACGAUGUCGCCACCAACGAGUUCCGCUUUGUUGAUAUCUGGGACCACAAACUUUAUCGGCUCGACCUAGCCAAGGGCCCUGACUCGUUGACGGUAAUCGAUACGGAUGCAUCAAUCGGCGUCACCGCCAACAUCGCGGGCGAGGCCGAGAAGGAUCAGCUGAUUGUCGGGGCCAAGCAUGGAUUUGCCCGGCUGAACCAGACCACCGGGAAACUAUCCUACAUCGCCCAGCCCUGGGAGAAGGAUGCAUCAAAGCAGAAGUUACCCACCAAAUUCCCAGCAUCAGCUUCACGGCCAUUCCCGUUCCGUUCCCAUCCACUCACAAAGCAUGCCCGUCAUAGAAUGCGCUUCAACGACGGCGCCGUCGACAGCCACGGCCGCUUCUGGGCCGGCGCCAUGAACGACCCCAAGGUCCAAUCGCCGCAACCCGAAGGCACGCUUUUCCGUCUUGACCCCGACCUCACCCUGCACGAGAUGCUGGCCCCAGUAACCAUCCCCAACGGAAUGGGCUGGAACGCCGCCGACGACACCAUGUACUGGACCGACUCGCCGACCGGCAAGAUCUUCGCCUUUGACUUUGACGCCGCUACUGGCUCUAUUAGUAACCGCCGCGUGCACUUUGAUAUCGGCAACUCAUUGGAGCCAGAUGGUUUUGCUAUCGAUGUCGAGGGCUGCAUCUGGACUGCCAUUUAUGGGGGCGGUAAGGUUCUGCGUAUUUCGCCUGAGGGUCAAGUUAUCGGUCAGAUUGACCUGCCUACGCGCAAUCCGACGUGUCCAGCUUUCGUGGGGACGGAGUUGUUCAUUACUUCGGCCAAGGAUGAUCGUGAUGAUGAGAAGUUGCCGCAGUCGGUGCGGUAUGGAGGUCGGUUGUUUAGGGUUGAUGUUGGUGUUCGGGGAAAGCCGAAGAAUGAGUUUCGGUUUCAGCAGUAA